AUGUAUCUCUAUAGCAUCAUCGCUUCUAGUUCUGAUGGCAUGGCUGAUCAACCAUCAACUUCUCAAUCUAUCCCAAGUUACGGAGCAAGCGGUCAUAAUGAAACUCAAUCACAAUCAAAUGCUGCCGAUGUAGAAAAUGUUGAAAUAGCUAAUGAAAUAUAUGCCGAGAUCUCUCCUGUUCCAGCUAAUUUUGACCCAUUAUACAGUAAUACAGCCGAUGGAGAACAAACAAAUAUUCCUUCAUUAUAUGGCGAGGUUUCCCAAAUACCUCAAGGUUGUGAGUUAUGCGAGAAUAUGAGAAGUAGUUGUCGAAGAAUUAUGGAUAGUUUUUAUUUAAUGGCAAAAAGAUCAGCAAAUUAUGAAGAGAUUAAGGAGGAAAAUUCUAAUUUAAGACGUCAAUUAGGAGAUACUAACAAAUUCGUAGAAGAUAGGCUUAAAGAUGUGUUCUCAUUACAAACAGAACUCAGCACUCUGAGGGUGGAUGCUGGACUGGCUAAGCAGAGGGAAGAAGAUUUAUUGAAACAAAUCCAGAUUCUCGAAGCCAAAGCUAAGGAGUCUAGAGAGCAUGCUCACGCAGCGAAUGUGUGGAGGGAGAAGUAUAGUCGUUCUGUAGAGGUAGCCGAGCAACUGCAAAACAAGCGGUUAGAGAUUGAUAAGAAGUUAAGGGAUGUAAUAGAAAUAGCAUCAUCUAAUAAGAAAAAAAAAGAAGAUUUCGAACAUCAGGCAGAAACUCUCAAGAAGGAAAAGAAAGAACUAACCAUUUAUAAUGGACAAUCUAAAAAAGCUUUGCCCAAACUGUUUCAACUUCUUGAUGAAUUAGUUAACGAAAGUCUGAACCUUCCAUUGUUGCUGUCGAGAAAAAUAGAAAAGGUUAGAAAUAUGUCAUCACGAGCAUUUCUCCUGAAUCUCAAGGAACACAGCGAUACUGGAAGCGAUGAUGAUGCGUUGGAACUUGAAAGCCUUCUUAAUCAUAGCGCAGUAUCAGCAUCGACAUCAACCAAAAAAGAUGAUGUGUCUUUCAUUAAUUCUUUUAGCCCUAUGAGUGAAACUCCCAAAUCUAAUAACUCUAAUUCAACUUUCGUGAACCAAGAUGCUAUUAACGCUUCAGCGAGAAAGUCUCACUAUGGCACUUCGCAUGCUAAAACUCCCAAAUUCAAGCAUAUUUCUAAACCUGAACCUGAGAGAACACCUGCCUCACAUAUACCAUCCAAGUAUUUGUCUACCGCUCCGGUACCAGUAUCUAAUCAGCCUGAGAGUAAGCUCACCUCAGUUGUGAAUACUAUACACGGGAAAAAAGGGAAAACUGUCCGAGAAAUUCAGGAAGAACAACGCUUUAAAGGAUCUGUUAAAGAACGAGUGGCGGAGAUGAAACGUUUGAAAGAGUUAGAGAAGGUUAAAGGUGAUUCGAAUGAUGUGUGUAGGAAUAAUCCGCAUGCAAGUUCCGAAGAUGCAGGCCGUUCUACGUAUCAAGGUACCACAAAGCAAAUCAAAUCGAACACUUCUUCAUUUUCUGUGCCCGCGGCUCAGCAUCGUUCCUCGUUAUCUGGAAACGCUGGAGAGGAUCUUGAUUUUGAGGAUAUCGGAGAUGAAUACUUUUCUGUACCUGAUCAAGAUUGCUACCAGGAAUCGGAAACAGAAGCAAACAUUACUACCACUGGUAAUGGUGUUUUCAGCACUUUGGCGGAUGAUUUGAAUAUGAGUGUUUCUGAUAUUGGUAGCGCUGUUGAUUCUCUGGAUAUCAUGGAAAGGACAGCCGAAGAGAUAAUAGAAAACGUCAUUGAGGGUUUGCUCAGUGAUGUCGAAAAGUUAAUGGGAUCUCAUAAAACUCGUGAGGAUACUUUAUCCACUUCUUCGCUGCCUGAAGGUAUCGAGGAACCCCUUUUCAUAUCCAAAAAGGCUUCUCAUGAGAAGGUGGAUAAUCCAAAAAAAAUCAUUGAUCGUCUAUCUGACACUCGGAAAAAUGAAAACAGCAAUGUGAACCGUUUGUUAGGCUCACGAGAUGUUGUCAGCGAUGGGUCAUCCGUCAACAUUCCGAAGCAUGAGAACUCAACAGGUUCUAAGGCGGGGAGCAUGAGCGCUCGUUCUCAAGAGAUGCCACAAAAGCCAAAUCCACCGAAUGAGUCAAAGAAAGAUAACGAUAGAUCAGUUAUUUCUAUGAAGAGCAUGACGUGUGUUGAGCCAACUAUCCCGGAAAUGAAUGAGGAGCGCAGAGGUUCGUCGAAGUUUGACCGACAGCUCACUUCUGUAGAGAAUCAAGCGUCUCUCCAUAAAUCAUCCAUAAGAACCGUAGUUGGGAAGCGCAAAAAAGACGAGGAGUCUAAGGAAACUGAUGAGGCAACCUCAAAACCUUCCGAAGGCAAGAGUCCAACUCUUCCCUCUGAGCCAGCUCUCCGAGAAGAACCUCAUUCUAAAGCGAGUAAUGAGUCUGAUCCCCAACCCGAGUCUGAAUGUCUUCUUCAAGCCGAAUCAAGAUCACCGGAAAAUAGCAUGAUAGAUAUGCUUUUGAGUUUCAAUGAUAGCGGUUCAGACGAAGUUUCCAAACUGAAAAGGAAUGUCUGUAAGUUAAAAACUCCUUGUGCAGUGGCUUCAAAAGUGGAUUCUUCAGUGCAGAAGAGAAUCAAAGCUGGCUCUGAAGUUGGUAAUUUCAUUUUUUCAACGCCUAAAGAUAUCCCUGCAAGCUCCCAAACUAUUAGAUCUAAAUGGGCUGAUGGUGCAAAAAGGGCUUUGGACAUAAUGAACAGAAUCAACGAAGAGCUUCAACCAGUUCUGGAUUCCAUCCCAUUGAGUCCAAAGAUGAAAAUGUCUUUUGAUGCUUCAACUAAUCUGGAUACGUCUGAGAAUACCCUGUUCAGUACUUCGGGAGGAUUGAGUAGAAAGAAUCAGCAAACAGAAGAACUAAAAAAUUUGGGAUCAAACGAUAAGGAAAUUGCUAAAGAUACAAUGAAGUCAUCGGGAACGGCAAAGAGAGUCUCUAGAAUUAAUACAGUUCCACAAUCGUCCAAGGUGUUGUCAGAUUCUAAGACGUCAAAGUUGAAGCUGGAUCAGAGAGACGCUAAACGAAGUAGUCUAGGCGAACUGACGGAAGAAGACGAAUCUAUCACUGCCAGGCUACGUCGAAGAGCUGCUCUGUCGAUUGCUCAACCUCAAAAAAUUGUUGCUGUGCCUAAUCCUUCCACCGUGCCGAACACCAAAACAGGAGAAUCUUUGUUGAAGUGCAUGAAGCCGGAGGAAAAGAGAUUGGACUCGAGUCUUCGUAAACAGCACGACUCCAAGGAUAUCAGUAAAAGUUCUGUUUCCAAUAAUGCUGCUGUUCCUUCUGACGCAUUUUCUGGAUUACGAAAGAACACCCGAACACGAGUAACAGCUUCUAAGAAAACAGCUGAUCCAGUCGUAUCAAACGAUCUUAAGCAAAGUGCUACGAGCUCCAUGAUUAAUUCGCAAGUAGAAACAAAUCAGGAAUCAACUUCAUCAACGAGCGCUGAUACUGAUGACGAUAGUGAUUUAGAGAUUGCUGAUCUUCCAAAUUCUAGUAAUGAGUGUGAUCAAACUAUCGAUGAGACAGCUGGAGACGCUGAAAGUGGUACUACGAGCAUAGACUCUACCAGCAAACAAUUGGAAGAAGUAGUUUCUACAACAGAUAAAACAGGGAUCUCUUCUGUUUCUGAAUCAUAUACCCCUGAUAACACAUCGCAAAGUCAGACUGAUCCUAAGCUUUUGGAACCUCAUCAAACAGAAACAGACAUUUCUGCCCCUACUGUGAACAAUACGGCAACAAACAGAGAACAAGAAAAUUGCUCAAAAGGAAAUUCCCAAAAAUUAGUUCCUCAAGAAAACAUCAAUGUUCCUCUACCAAGAAUUGAGCGGAAGUCUACUAUUGUGUCAACAGAUGUAUCUGAUCUCCAUAUCGACGCGUCUGAUGAUGAUGAAGAAGAAGGAUUGACUUUGGACAUCGACGAUGAAGAAAGGGAGGAGCCUGUGGCUGAAGAAUCUUCGAAGACACCUGAGGCUCAAGAAUCUCGGAAGACACCUGAGGCUAAAGACUCUCGGAAGACACCUGAGGCUAAAGAAUCUCCGAAGACACCUGAGGUUAAAGAAUCUCCGAAGACACCUGAGGUACAAGAAGAUCCUCCACCAAGAAUGCUGAGAACCAGACAAAGUUCCACAUUGAAGAAAGAGGGAGUUACUCCUAAAACUUCUCCGCGAAAAAAAGUUGUUCCUGAUCGAAACACCAAUCAGAGCCGAGCUUCUAGUUCUGCAAAACAAACUUCUCGAGCAGCUCAGCGUCCGAGUAAGAAUGAUUUGUCUGCCGACGCAGCAUCAUGCUCAAAGGAGGAAGAUAAUUCACGAGCAAUCACCACGAUUCCUAAGAAAUCUGCACGCCCGUCCAAGAUUUAUGACAUUAGUCUCUUGAAUAAGUUCACCCAGUCUCUGGGACGCGGUGGUCGACUGCUGAGCACGAGAUCGAAAAAACCUCCAAACGCAGUAAACACUAAGGAGAAGAAAUCUACUGCUCGAGAAUCUAUAUUGUUGGACAUCCCGAAAACACCUAUUGUCCGACAAACGGCUGAUCGUAAAGGACUCAAGAGAAUGCAUUUGCCGGGUACAAACAUACCAAUUGCGAAGAGGGGGAAAAGGUCGCAGGGGCUAAGUAUUGAGCGUUCUGAAGGCGAAAUGGCGAAGGAGUUUUUUUUGAAUGCUGGUCUUUAUUUAAUAAAUAUGAGAACUUCGAAAGAUAAUGCUGUUGCUUCUGUAAUCGAAACUUAUCUCACCGAGGAGCAACUGGCAUCCAUUAAACAGUUAUCCAUAGAAGAUUUAGGCAGUGUAUUAGUCGAAAUUGUUUAUAACAUGAAAAAUGUAGACCUGUUCCAUCAGGUUAAGCUUUCGUUCCAAGAACGGAGUAUUAAAGAAAUUCGUAAUAAGGAGGAGGAGCACGUAUUAGAAUUGGCUUAUCUUCUUGCAAACGGGAACAUAUUUAUAUCAUUUGUUAGAUCUCUUGUACAAAGACUUAUCACACAGGAAACAAUCAAUCCAAAUCAGUGUGCUUCAUAUGCUAGACUCAUGUCUCAUGCUUUACUUUUUGACUGUGCAAACGUUGAGGAAGAUCUCAGAGCCUCAGAUGAGGAGAGAUCACGAUUAGUUCGAACUUUCUUCAAUACUAUUUUCUGGAAACACAAGGCAUGUAUAUCGCACGCUCUAAUUUUUUGGCUGAUAGGAAACUCUUGGGAACUAUUAAAGUUUUUAGCGGAUGAUCCAACUUUGAAGAAACUCAUUGUCGCUCAUGUUGAGAAGUAUGAACGUGAAAUUAUUCAAUGGGCCUGGGCCUCCAGAUUCGGUGAGGCAAGUGCGAAAGCUGUAAUCCCAGAUGAUGUCUCAUUAAGAAUAGAAGAAUGGAUCGCUGAAGAAAAAAUGAAUAUGGAAGAGUUGAUUCCUACAGAGACGGCAUUCCUGAUCAACGAAAACGACCAGGUUAAAAUUUCCCCAGAAGUUUCGAAGUCACUCAGGAUGCAAGCUGUUCUAUAUAACAGCACAAAUUUGCCACCGGAUUUGUGUGAGAAGCAUUUGAAUGAGUGCUCUUCAUUAUUCCAGGAAGCUCUCAAUGAUCUCAUAACCUCUCUAAGUACUGGAGAUACGAGCGCUCUUUUUGCGGACACAACAAACACUAAAGGACGGUCCUUAACUGCUGUUAAAGUUCAUGAACUAUGCGUUAAUAUAAAAUCAUUCGAAAGCAUAAUUGGACAUAGUUUGUUGGAGAGAGAAUCUACUAAAUACAGACGAAGUCUGGAUAUUGUUUCCCGAACACUAAACAACAUUCGAUUCAUUAGAAAUACUCUCAGAGAGGAUCCUGAUAUUCCUUUUUCGAAUUUGCUUUCUUCUGUUAUAAAUACGUAUAUUACUUUAGCUCAAACUUUCACAAGCCAUACUAUUUAA